GCAGCUACUUCAUUUCAUCAAAACAACUUGCACUUUCUUGAACUCUAAUCUAAAACCUCAACACUCAGUUGUAUGCCUCUUGCACAACCCAUGGCUUGUACUAAGCUUGUUUUGGUUUUCUCUUUUAUCAUCACAUUGUCAUGGGUCAAUCUUGGGGUUUCGGCUCGACAUCUUUUGGCUGAUGACCAAGUGACUCCAUCCCCUGCGAAACCCACCAUUCCAUCUCUGAAAAUUCCAUCACUACCCAAGAUGCCUACGGUUCCAUCUCUCAAAGUUCCUUCACUGCCCAAGAUGCCUACAGUUCCAUCUGGAAAAAUUCCUUCACUACCCAAGAUGCCGACUGUCCCGGCACGGCCGAAAUUUUCAACUCCACCAGUGCCUAGUACUAAUAGCAAACUACCUUCUCGGCAUCUUUUGGCAGAUGUUCCAGCAACUCCUGCCCCUACGAAACCCACCAUUCCAUCUCUCAAAGUUCCUUCAGUACCCAAGAUGCCUACAGUUCCAUCUCUCAAAGUUCCCUCACUGCCCAAGAUGCCGACUGUCCCGACACUGCCAAAAUUUACAACUCCGCCAUCCCCUAGUACUAAGAGUAAAAUACCUUCUCGACAUCUUUUGGCUGAUGUUCCGCCAACUCCUACCCCUAUGAAAGCCGCCACUCCAUCUUUAAAAAUCCCUUCAUUACCCAAGAUGCCUACCCUGCCGAAAUUUGCACUUCCUCCAAUGCCUAGUUUCGCUGGUAAACUACCUUCUUUCCCUGGCAAAGGUAGUUUUACUGGUAAAUUACCUUCUUUCCCUGGUAAAGGCACGUCGUUUUCACUGCCUGGUAAUGCUACUCUUCCAAAGUUCCCCUCAUUCACUCCUCCUCCAACUCCCAAAACCCCCUGAAGUUGACGAUCUAGUGACCGGAUUCUUUACAUAUAAUUGUGUGAUUUUUGCCUCAGCAUGUUUUUUUUUGGUGUAAUAAUUUGAGCGAGAAAGAAGGUCGAUAUGGAAUAUGAAAAUCUAUCUUUACGCUCCUAGAGUCAUAACUAGAUGAGCUUGUGGUAUUCAUCUUUUGCUUGUAAUUUGUCUGGAAAUUAUGAUUCCGUUGUUUGUGUGAUUUCAA